AUGAUAACAGAAAGAAGAGAUUAUAUUUUAGAAUUAGUCUUGAUAAUUUCUGCGGGUGUAAAAGGAAAAGGAUCGACUGGACCGACUUCAAGCCACCCCGCUAACUCACCCCGUCCUCCUCCUCAUGACCAUGGCCCUCCAUUGGUGGAUCCCCGAUGGGCAGCUCUGCCCUACGGUGCCCAAUCGAUCCAAUUACAUCCAUUGGAUAGAGACCUCCUUUCUUCCGACAUUAUUCCCAGAGCUAACAGCAAAGGAGAUGUUGUGAGAGGAUUUGAUAUUGGAACUGGAGCCAACUGUAUCUACCCUCUUCUUGGUGCAUCGCUUCUGGGUUGGAAUUUUGUUGCAUCAGUUCUGAGGAUGGAGAAGGUUUGCCGUCUUCUACUCUUGAUAUAUCAUCAAGCGAAGAUAAUAGUUUGAUGGACCUGCUAUACUUGUUGAUGUCGUAAGGGAUGGCGAGACCUUUGACUUCUGCAUGUGUAAUCCCCCUUUUUUGAAAGCAUUGAGGAAGCAGGAUUGAAUCCGAAAACUUCCUGUGGUGGAACGUAUGAGGAGAUGGUCUGCCAUGGUGGAGAGAAGGCUUUCAUUACACGAAUUAUUGAAGAUAGUGUUGUGUGAAGCAGUCUUUCUGGUGGUAUACUUCAAUGGUGGAGGAAAGUGAAUCUCAAAUUCCUAACGUCAAAGCUUCGAGAGUCGAGUUACUAUAGUAAAACAACUGAGUUUGUCCAAGGAAAAACAUGUCGAUGGGGACUUGCUUGGUCCUAUGUGCCUCCUGCGAAGAAGAUAAUUACACCUCAUGUGACUGAAAAGAAUAUUCUCUCUUUCAUGCUUGAG